UGAGAUUGACUGUCCUGGCCGGGGGCCUCGAGGGUGUGGGGCUGGCGGUGCUUUAGCUUGAUGAAAUGGCCUAAAACAACGCCCCCCCGAUUUGCCCCUCGUCAGGUUCUACCAUCUGUCGGGUAGUGCUCAGGUUAGCAUAGCAAGUGGAUAGCAUGGCAUGACAUGACACAGCAUGGCAGAGUAGUUGACCUCAGCUCAAGCCCAUCUUCUCUUCAUCAACCCACCCAAGAUACCCAACACCUUCUGCGCAACUCUUCCCGGGCAACUGUCCUUGCCGCCGAGCCUAUUACCGACAUAUCCGUCAAAGCAUCCCGCCGCCGAAAAUGUCCACCGCAGCCCGCAGACGGUUGAUGCGUGACUUCAAGCGCAUGCAAACGGACCCGCCCGCUGGUGUCUCCGCAUCUCCUGUCCCUGAUAAUGUCAUGACCUGGAAUGCCGUCAUAAUAGGACCUGCCGAUACACCCUUCGAAGAUGGAACGUUCCGACUCGUAAUGCACUUUGAGGAGCAAUAUCCGAACAAACCACCCGCCGUCAAGUUCAUCAGCCAGAUGUUCCACCCUAAUGUCUAUGCCACCGGCGAGCUGUGCUUGGAUAUCUUACAGAACAGGUGGAGUCCGACCUACGAUGUUGCUGCCGUAUUGACCAGCAUCCAAAGUUUACUCAAUGAUCCCAACACCGGAUCUCCCGCCAACGUCGAAGCGUCGAACCUCUACAAAGACAACCGCAAGGAGUACACUAAGAGGGUGCGAGAAACGGUAGAAAAGAGCUGGGAGGAUUAGACAAGCCUGAUUCUCUCACCAUUGAGAACGAUACGUUGUUUUAUUUUCCUUUUGGAAUGCAAUAGUUUUCCUUGCGAGAAGAAGCAUAACGCCGUUUGCCAUAUGACAGCACACACCAACGCUGAUACACAGCCGAACGACUUGAUCCUGGAUCUACAUUUGGGCUGCAGAAAUUAGGUGCAGGUGGUCAUCU